AUGCUUCGUUCACGACUCGGACACGUACCGCAGCGGUUCGCAUCCACUUCAGGAGAGUCAUCUUCGUCCUUCAGGACUAUCCGCAAACUCUCCGUAUACACUUCUAUUGCUGGCAUUGCCUACACAGUCGGGUCAUUUACCCUCCUACAGUCGCAACCACCACCACCACUACACCCAGAGGCCCCGGAAGCGGUCGCCUACGUCGAAUCGCUAGAAGACUCCCUGCAGCGGCUACCACCACUCCAAAGACAUAGAGAGACAGCUAAGCCCGACGAGUGGUACGAAGCGCGACCGUAUGCGAAGGUCCCGCGGGAACGGCGGGUGAACAGCUUAACGAGCGGCUCGCUCAAUGGACCAGGAAACUCGCGCUCCCGCCACUGUGAAGCGAUGGCGUUCGUCCAUGUGGGGAGCGCACUAUGUGGCCACGAAGGGAUUGUUCACGGUGGUCGACAGUUCCUGGUUAUCAAGACCCGCCUCAUCGAAGCCAAGGGCCGCAAAUCGAAGGUCGCAGGUGUCAUCGAAGACAUGGACGGCAACGUCCUCGUUGAGGCCGAGGCGCUGUUCAUUCAACCGAAGUACGCCAAGCUCCUGAACACCGCCCGCAUGCGCGAGCUACUCGGUGAACCGGGGGACUCCCGAGAACCAAUCAGCGAGGGCGCGAACGCACCGGUCCCGGUGAGUCCGCCCAGUGGCCCAUCGUCAAUCGGAGGCGCGAAGGCGUGAGCGGCCAAUGUGGUUGGCGUGAUUGUGAGACUAGGACUGGGACACUGGGUACACGAUAGAGGGCCUUAAUUGGUCUCGUAUGUCUGGGAUUGUGACUUACUCGCAUGAUCGACGCGCUGCUUCGUUAGGAGGUCUAGUCGCAAACAUCUAUCUGAGGCAGUGUCGAUGAAGCUUGUUCUGAAGUCGAGGGCUCAUGCUUCUGG